AUGAAAGGAAAGAGCGAGGAAGAAUGUCCCUUUAGUGAGGGGGGGACUGAUCGCGCUCUAUGGUACUUGGAGCAGGGAAGAAUAAAGUGGCAGUUACUGUCUGGCAGGCUGGUUGACAUCCUCUUGGCAGGGAUUUUGGUGGAAAUUUUUUUCUUCUCGUUCUCUCCUCUUCUACACCACUUGUGUGUGUGUGGCCCCCUCGGUUCUUUCCCACAUUUUCACUUUUACCUCCCAGAGGCAAUCUACUCACUUCCCUCUUCCCUCUUCCCUACUCAUAUUCGCCCAAGGAUUCAGCAGGUUAGACGGAGAGUCCCCGCGGACAAUUUGAUAGUCUCAUCACGGCGAAUCUUGACUCGCAAGAGGAGGAAUCGUCAAUUGUUUUGGGAGUUAGAUCUGAGCAUCUGGAGAUCCGAUCCGAGUAAAUUGGGGAAACGGAGUCAACGAAGAGCCUCUGGCCUUUGCCUCGUCGUCAUUGUUUGCCAGAUUGUGGUUGAUUGCAUUGCGGGCCUAGGAUAUUUUUCUCUUCUUCCCCUCGAACCCUCGUCACUUUAUUUGUGCUGCAGAUAGUGUCAAUCGCGGGAUAGUUUCUCAUUUGAAUCUAUCCGUCAUAGAUACAGUUCAGAGUCUUA